AAAUGGAACGCACCCCAGGGAACCAACGCUCGCGUGUUACCUGGAGGUUACCGGGUCCACGGUGACCAGCCACCCCCGGAGCCCAUCGUCCUUGACGGUUCUCACGGUCACGUGUCUGUUUACAUAGCGGUUCCACUUCAGCGGACCCAACUGAGUCCAUCCGUCCUGCAUCUUUACAAGUGGACCUGUUACUGACGCGCUCUUGUGUUCUUACAGUGCGGCUGUCUCAAACAUCCGGGGGAAACAAAGAGAAGACAGAAAGGUUCCGCUUGUUUAUCGGCUAUAUGCUGCCACCUGCGGGUAAAUACACGCUACCACAAUGAUUCAAAUCCGCUUUGUCUCAUUUUGGUUAAUUCUUUAAUUUAUUAGUUUGUUCUGACAAUUUACAGUACUGAUAUAUAGAAACAUAAAAGCAACAUCUGAUCAAUUCAGUUUAAUUUUCGUGUUUUUAUUUUACUAAUUUUCUAUAUGACCUAAAUACAUUCCCGUUUACUUCAUAUGAAGAAUAAUUAUCCUUUUAUCUCUUUUUUAUUUUCUUUUUUUGUUGUCUAUUUAAAUCGCACAGUUUUCUAUAAUCUCUCAACACAUUUGAGUCUUUGUCCCUUUAUUUUUCUUCGAUAUGAUUCGUAUAGAUAUGUUUUUGUUUGUUUUUUACAUUUUAGAUUUUUUUUAAAUAAAUUACUGGAGUUGCCAAAUUCUGGUCUCGGUGUUUGCCGUUACAAUAACGCUUUCUGUUACCGGUCGAACCAAGAAGUCCGCAGGUUCGAUCCCAGAGUUUCGGAAAUUUUUCUUUAUCCUAACAUUUGCGUCAAUCGUUCGUUUGCGUCAGUUUGUCGGGUACCUGAACGCCUCACGCGCUCGGCGGUUGAUUGAACUCACCUGUUGGCUGCGCGUCCACUGGAAACGUCCGCCGCUAAUUUUCACGCGCUUACCGUGUUUUUUUUUUUUCUACAAGCGUUCCCGUGUUUCGAAAAUAUCAGCGCUUCACCUGAAUCCCAGGCGCCAUGCAGAAAGGCCUGAAGAAGUUUUUCAUCAACAUGGACGAGUACCUGGCGAGCCUGGGGCUCUAUCGGAAGAUGGUGGCGAGGGACGCGUCCAGUUUGUUCCGCGCCGUGUCUGAGCAGCUGUACUACACUCAGAACUACCAUGGGAAGAUUCGGCAGGGCUGUGCUGACUUCAUGAGGGCCAAUUCACACAUCUUUGAGCCGUUUGUGGAAGGUUCCUUUGAGAAGUAUCUUGAGCGGCUGGAGGACCCCAAGGAGACUGUGGGUCAAGUGGAGAUCAAGGCGCUGUCGCAGCUCUACAGUCGCUGCUUCCUGAUCUACCGUAACCCAGGGAAACCGCCGACGGUCAUCUCAGAGGACGACGUGAUCGACAAGGUGAUGCUGUGCUGCUCCAUCAACGGCCACUACGACAUCGUGUACCCGAGAAGUUACCCCGCCUCUGCUGCACUGUGCCAGUCGCUGGUGUAUGAGAUUCUCUACCUGAAAGUGCUUGGCCGGGAGGAGGCGGAGCUUUCUCAGGCCAUGGAGACCUUCAGGGUCGGAGGUCGUCGCUAUCGAAACAGCGCCUCUGUGUGCAGUGACGUCGAUGUGCCGUGCGACUCUCACACACCUGAGGCCCGGCCCAGGGACGAUGGUGAGGAAGGAACAUCUGAGGAGAGGUCCAAACCAACCGAGGAUAUCAAGGUCCCCCUGGAUGACCUGUCGGUCUCCAGAUCUUCUCUGCCCUACAAGGUGAUGAAGUCUCUGGACAAUGAUGUCUACAGGAACGUGGAGUUUGACGUGUGGCAGGACACCUGCAAAGAGAUGCAGAAGAUGGACUACAUGGUGUUCGCAGGACGUCAGUACUUCUUGGGUGAUAAGUGUCAGGUGCGUUUGGAGCCAAAGGGAAAGUUCUACAACGCUUUCAUCCAGGAAGUGGGGAACCAGGCCUCGUCUGUCACUGUUUUCAUCGAGGAGCUCGGAGAGAAACACUUGGUUCCACUGACAGACCUGAAACCGGUCAACCCAGUUCCAGCCUGGAACGUGGCUCCACCACGAAAAGGAGACCCUGACAAAGACUGCCGAGGUGGCCGUCACCACCGGCAGCGCUACUUCAGGAAGUCACGCAGCAUUGCUGCCUUGAAGGGGGCGGAGCUUCUCAUGCCGCCGCCACCACCGUACCGAGGCCCUGCCCCAUCUGCCCUACCUCCUCGCUUCCAGCCAGCCGGCCACCCUCGUCCCACUCCGCCCUCCGCUGGAGCCCUGACCUUUGACCCCUAUGUACAUGGACCCCCUCACGCUGCCUCAGCCAGACUGCCACGGUUUGGUACAGCCAGCUCUUCCCGAUUCUUGAACCGCCACCUGAUUGGCCCACAGCUCACCUAUUACCCUGCUAGUCGACGUUUCUAUGACUAUGACAACCUGAGCUUCAGAAGUCGUCGCAGUCGACGCCACCUGGUGGCCGGUCUGGAUAAGGAGUGCCAGUUUGGCUUCGCGACUGAUGCCGGGGAAGAGUCGUCUGAUUUGGAUGCUGGGAUGGCCUACUACCAGCUGGAGGACGGGACUGACGGAGUCUACACCUCGCUGCAGGGCCAGACUAUGACUCCUCCUUCCAUUGGGGGCCACCCUACUCAAACCAGCUCCUACCGGAUCCAGAGGGGCAGCCUGCCUCCGCCGCCCCCCUCAGGAAACACAUCUGAGGAGGACCAGGAGGAGUCCAGCACGGUGGAAGACCCUGCAGAGUUCCGUGAUGACUUUCUCUUCGGAGUUCAGGAUACUUUCCCGGCAUCUGCUGACCUAUCAAUCAACCAGGAUGAGCAGGAAGGAGAUGCCACUGACUCACCACCAUCCUCAGAGAUGACCUUCACUCCACAGGCGGUGAAGCCAUUAAACACCAUCUGCUCCUCACCGUCGUCUUCAUCCUCAUCGCCAUCUUCCUCAAUAACCCCUGCUGCUGGUCACACACAACCUCGCUCAGUUGCCGUGCCGAUCCCAGCGUCUUCUCACUGGUUGGUGAAUGAACUGGGCGAACCGGUCUACACCGUCGUGGCUCCUCCCACCUUUUCUUAUGACCCCAAUGGCAGCGAUCUGCCCCGAGACCACAGGGUCCUCCAGUACUACUUCAACUUGGGGGUCCAGUGGUACCAUCAGAGCUGCUGGCAGCAACAGCAGCAGGUUUUCCCCCCGACUCCCCCUGAAAGUUACCCCUACCAGCACUACCCCUCCUACCCUGGCCAGGAGCAGCUCUACACUCCCCUCUCGUACCAUGAAGCGGGCCGAGGAGCUCACCCGCUGGUGUCCUAUGCAGAGUCCACCAGGACCUCAGACGUUCAGUCCGAGGCUCCCGGCUGCGGCUCCUCCACCUCUGUGGAUAGCUCCUCCCUCGUCAACCCUCCAAGUGCACCACCGUCCUCCACCAUCAUGUACCAGGACCAGAGCCCUCUCCCUCCUCCACCUGUGCUGCACCUCCAGUAUGAGGCUCCACCUCCACCAACCUACCUUCCAUCCGGCCCGCCAACAUCCUUUUCUCACCCCACCCACUACUCCUACCACUCCUUCAUCCCCCCUUCUUCCCACUGGGGUGCAGCCCAGAGCGGCGGGCACACUCAGAGGGUGUACUGCCCCGUCCCGAGCCCGUCCCAUGUGGUCAGCUACAUCUCGGCUCCACCUCCUCACCACGCCACGUCACACUUCCUGCCCCCUGCUGUCUAGCAUGUGUAAACAACAACUCAAAUAUUCACUUCCUUUUUGCACAUUUAUGCCCUCACACAAUUUUGUGUCUGCUGCUAUGGCAACGGCAUGACAACAAGUUUGGAUUCGAUGUUGUCAAAUUUUCUGUUGAUAAGGUGACGGUGGGUGUGUCAAUAAAGUUCUG